GCCCAGCUGUCAAGAUGGCGGCCCCCAGGACCUGUGGUCUAUGGAGUUACUGCGGCCGUGGGUUGUCGAGAGCGAAGCGGAACUGCGGGCUCCCAGGGCUUCGUAGUUCUUGGCCCUGGGGCCCGCUGGGUGCGCGGCUUUUGUCCCAAGAGAAGCGAGCAACGGAAACACACUUCGGGUUUGAGACUGUGUCGGAAGAGGAGAAGGGGGGCAAAGUCUAUCAGGUGUUUGAAAGUGUGGCCAAGAAGUAUGAUGUAAUGAAUGAUAUGAUGAGUCUUGGUAUCCAUCGUGUUUGGAAGGAUUUGUUACUCAGGAAGAUGCACCCACUACCUGGGACCCAACUGCUCGAUGUUGCUGGAGGCACAGGUGACAUUGCAUUCCGGUUCCUUAAUUAUGUUCAGGCACAGCAUCAAGGAAAGCAGAAGAAGCAGUUAAGGGCCCAACAAAAUUUAUCCUGGGAAGAAAUUGCCAAAAAGUACCAGAAUGAAGAGGAUUCUUUGGGUGGUUCCCUUGUCAUGGUUUGUGACAUCAACAGGGAGAUGCUAAAGGUUGGAAAGCAGAAAGCCUUUGACCGAGGAUAUAAAGCUGGACUUGCAUGGGUACUGGGAGAUGCUGAAGAACUGCCCUUUGAUGAUGACAAGUUUGAUGUUUACACCAUUGCCUUUGGGAUCCGGAAUGUCACACACAUUGAUCGGGCUCUCCAAGAAGCCCAUCGGGUCCUGAAACCAGGAGGGCGGUUUCUUUGUCUGGAGUUUAGCCAAGUGAACAACCCCCUCAUAUCCAGGCUUUAUGAUCUGUAUAGCUUUCAGGUCAUUCCUGUACUAGGAGAGGUUGUUGCAGGAGACUGGAAGUCCUAUCAGUACCUUGUAGAGAGCAUCCGAAAGUUCCCAUCUCAGGAAGCAUUCAAGGAGAUGAUAGAAGAUGCAGGUUUUCAGAAGGUGACUUAUGAAAGCCUAACUUCAGGCAUUGUGGCCAUUCAUUCUGGCUUCAAACUUUAACUCCUUUUCUAUCCUGGAACAUGAACCAGUCAUACCUGUUAAAACCUGGAGCUAAAGGAUAAUCUGGCCUAUGAGGCAGCCACUGAGCAUCUCCUCUUAAGGAUAAGUACCUUGGACUCAAGUUCUGAAUCGACCAGUCUCAAAAUGGAAGAAACAAAUUCUGUCAUUUUUUGCAGCUUUCAUUAGAAGCUGCUCAGGCCUUCUCUCAAAGGCAUUGGUUUGUUUUCUGGUUCAACUCCUGCCAACUUCUCUUAGCUAUGCAUUGUUGGGUUCAGGUAAAACCAGCACUGAGCACUAAAGCAGAGUUUUAAGGCACCUUUGUAGCUUUCUAACAGUGCUACCUCCUGGAGGAAUAAUGGAUCAUUUGAACCCAAUGAUGAUAUGAGUCAGAAAACUUAAUUGCACCUCAAUCACCUUUUAGCCUAGGACUGAAUCUAGGGCCAGAAGCCAAAGCCCAAGUCAGAGGGCUAAUAAUCAAUACUCAAAUUUUGGGCUGGGGGUAUAUAGCUCAGUGGUAGAUUAUGUGCUUGGCACUUGUAAGACCCUGAGCUCUAUGCUCAGCAUGCCCACCCCCCACCUCCACCCCCACCUCCAGAAUUAAAAAACAAAAAAACACCUUGAAUUGUAUGUUGAACCAGUAAAUGAGUUUACAAUU